UGUUUCUUGGGAAGAGAGCUUAUCUCUCUUUCUUCUGUCUCCCCAUGAGAAAAAUGUGGAUGAAGUUUCUUUUUGCUCUUCUUCUUCUGCAUGUAACAGCUGCAAAGGAACCUGAGCUGCAAUAUGUCCUGAUGGUGCCUGCUGUCCUCCAAACUGAGUCUCCAAGUCGAGUUUGCCUGCAGCUCCUUAACCUCAAUGAGACAAUAUCUGUAAGAGUCAUCCUAGAAUACGGUGCUGUUAACACCACUAUUUUUGAGCAAACCAUGACAACAAGCAAUGGUCUACAGUGCUUCAACUUCAUGAUUCCUCCUGUCAAUUCUGCCCUAUUGGCUUUCAUUUCCUUCUCUGCCAAGGGCAUCACUGUCAGCCUAGAAGAGCGGCGGUUGGUGAUGAUUUGGAACAGAGAGAGUAUUGUCUUCGUACAGACAGACAAACCCAUCUACAAACCAGGACAAAGUGUGAUGUUUCAUGUUGUUACCCUGGAUUUCAAUUUUAAACCUGUUCAAGAAACGUACCCCUUAAUUGCAAUUCAGCUGGACAUAGAGGGCUGCCUGUCUCAAGUUUUCAGCUCUAACAUCUUUGAGCUAAAUUGCACUGGUUACAUGAGGAAUCUUGAUGUGAAAGCCAUUGUCACAGAGAAAGGAACAGGCCUGCAACUUACAGUUACUCGGUCUAUUUCCAUAACUUGGGUGAUGAGCAGUAUACAGUUUGAGAAUGUGGAUCGCCACUACAAAAGAGGAAUUCCUUACUUUGGACAGAUGAAGCUGCUGGACAAUGACUACUCUCCUAUUUCCAACGAGGUUAUUCAGCUAUUCAUCAAUAACAAGAACACAACUUCACCGCUGAUGAGAACGGCAACUUAUAAAACCAAUGAGGAGUGCUACUCUGAAAGCUGGAUAGAGCCUUCCUACCCUGAGGCAUUUCUAUCCAUCCAGAGCUUCUACUCUUGGACUGACAGUUUUGUGAGGAUUGAGCCUUUGUGGAAAGAUUUGAGCUGUGGGCAGAAGAGGAUGAUCACUGUGAACUAUGUCUUGGACACGGAAGGAUACAAGAGCAUUAACAUCAUGAACUUCUACUAUGUGACCAGUAACAAGGACUCCAGUAGGAGCAGCAGCAGUGGCAGCUCUAAGCAUGCCCUAAGGCUGAUGUUCAAGCUUUUGAAGCCAUCUCAGUUUACAUGUCCUGUCAAUGGCAUGGCAAGAGGCAAGAUUAUCCUUACAGGGGAAACUGAAGUUAACAUCCAAGCUGACAAAAAUGGCACUUUCACCAUCCCACUUGUGGUCAAUGAGAAAAUGGCUCCAGUCCUUCGUUUGCUGGUCUAUACCUUACACCCUGCCAAGGAGCUAGUGGCAGACAGUAUCCGAUUUCCAGUUGAGAAGUGUUUCAAAAACAAGGUCCAGCUGCAAUUCUCUAAGAAGCAGAUGCACUCAGCUUCCAAUGUCAGUUUAGUCAUUGAAGCUGCUGCCAACUACUUUUGUGCUGUGAAGGCAGUGGAUCAGAGCGUGCUGCUCCUGAAGUCUGAGGUGGAGCUGUCUGCGGAAAAGAAUGUGCACCAGCUCCUCCAGAUGCUAUUUGGCUGUGGGGAGCAGAACAUGGUCCUAUUUACACCCAACAUCUAUGUUCUGUACUACCUGAACAUUACAGGGCAGCUGAGUGAGGAGGUCAAAUCCAAGGCCAUCGGAUACUUAGUGAGCGGCUAUCAGAAGCAGCUGUCAUACAAAUGUCCCGAUGGGUCCUACAGCAUCUUUGGCAUCAUAGAUAAAGAAGGGAACACCUGGCUCACUGCCUUUGUGUAUAAAUCAUUUGCACAAGCUAGUCAUUUCAUCUAUAUUGAUGACUACGUCCAGGCUCAAACCCUGAUGUGGCUGGCAAGCAAACAGAAGCCAGAUGGCUGUUUCCGAAACGUUGGGACACUAUUCAACAAUGCCUUGAAGGGAGGAGUAGAUGAUGAGCUGUCACUUUCUGCCUACAUCACCAUUGCAAUGCUAGAAGCUGGGCACUCCACAUGGUACCCUGUAGUUCGAAAUGCCUUUUUUUGUCUGGAGUUUGCUUAUGAGAAGAGUAUCAGUGAUGUUUACACUCAAGCACUCAUGGCCUAUGCUUUCUGCUUAGCUGGUAAGGUGGAAAAAUGUGAAUCAUUCCUCAGAGAGUUACAGAAAUUGGCAAAGGAAGAUGGUGAGUUUUAUCCAUUUGGAAAAUUUGGUAAGCAGGAAGAGGGAACAGAUCUUACUGUUGGUACCUGGUCCAACUUUGACAAUAUUGAGAGUAUCACCACAUGA